UAAUAUAACAUAGUAUGUAUGCCAAAAAUGAGUGGAACUCAAAACCCUCGUUAAGCCCCUCAGCCCCACUGGCACACACUUCUCCGACUGAAUUACAUACAAAAAUGUUGAUCCGACGCAUUUUGCUGACCAAAUCCCUCUACCAUUUCCGUUUCUUGAGCAGCUCUGCCGCCGCCGUUGUUCCCGACCUAGAUGAUGAUUUCCCAAAACCCGAUCCCAAAUACGCAGAAACUAUUCAUGCCGUUGUUCGGGUCACUUCCGGUAAGAACAUCGCCGCGAAAGAGAGGAAAGCUGGGAGGGUACCCAGCAUAGUGUUUGAACAAGAGGAUGGACAACAUGGUGGUAGCAAAAGGCUCAUCUCUGUUCAGGCUAAUCAGAUAAGGAAGCUUGUUAACCAUCUUGGUCGCUCCCAUUUCUUGUCCAGGUUGUUUGAUCUUGAGGUUCACCCUGAAUUUGAAUCUCAUGAAGUUAUUGAGAAGGUUCGAGUUCUGCCCAGAAAGGUUCAUCUGGAAGCUGGUACAGAUGCACCUCUUAAUGUUACCUUUAUAAGAGCUCCAUCAAGUGCUUUAUUAAAAGUUGAGGUUCCUCUUGUAUUUAGAGGAGAGGAUGUGUCCCCCGGUUUGAAGAAAGGGUCAUAUUUGAAUAUCAUCAAGAGAACGGUAAAGUUCCUAUGCCCAGCAGAUUUCAUCCCACCCUACAUUGACGUCGACUUAAGUGAGUUGGAUGUUAACCAAAAGUUGUUAAUGGGCGACCUGAGGGUUCAUCCAGCUUUGAAGCUUAUCCAACCAAAGGAUCAUCCUAUUGUCAAGAUUGCAGGAGCAAGAGUUUCUGAUCAAAAGAAAUCAAAAUGAUUUUUAUUGAAGCACUUGUUUGAAAAUCUUAGCAAGCCUAUUAUGAAAGGGAGGAUUAAUUCCACAGUUUGGGACAUUGGCAUUGCUAGCUGAUGUAAUUUACUGGGCGAUCUUGUUUUUGUGCUAGUUUAAAUAGGUGAUAGCUUCUCAAUUUUGGAAUGAUUAGCCGAAUUGUAUAUCAAAUUGCUAAUGCCCCCAAUAAUUUUUCUCUACUGGUCUGUGAAAUUUCAAAUCAUGACAACGUUCUCUGCGCAUUUGCAGAACAUCAACUGAUGUCAUUUUAUUUUUCUUCUA